AUGUCCUCACAGCCUGCAAAAAAGCGCCGCUUCGGUGGCAAGCGAUCGAAGACGGGCUGCCGCACAUGCAGAAUCCGACGAAUUAAAUGUGAUGAGACCCCCGAGGAGUGUCGGAACUGUACGUCCACCGGACGCCUCUGUGACGGGUACGAAGCCUAUCGCCUACCCGUGGCAGCCAAGCGCGGGAAGAACCUUUCCUUCUCGCUUACUACCUCGGUCAACACCCACAUACGCUGGGUUGUAACAUCGGAUCAACGUCGCUGCUUUUCAUUCUUUUGCGACCGCACCAUCACCGAUGCUCUGGGGUAUUAUGAUUCCCAGCUAUGGGAGCAGUUUGUCUUCCAAAUGGCGAAUAUCGAGCCUGCAGUGUGCCACGCCGCCGUCGCCCUGGGGGCCGCUCACCAAGAAGUGAUCUUUCAGGGCAUCAAUUUCCCCGGCAAUGGUAAAAAGGGACGAGGCGUUUGGUAUUUCUACGCGCUGGAGGAGUCCGCUCGCGCUUUUGAGCUCCUUCGUCGGCGCAAUGCUCAGGACCCGCAGAUGCGGCAAGUCACGCUGCUCUGCUGUCUACUCUUCGUGUACUUGAGCCUGUUGCAACGAGACUAUGACAAUGCGUUCCGGCAUCUGCACGCUGGCUUGCGGGUUUCACAAGAGCUGAGGUCAGGCCGUUGCACUUCGCUUAUUGGAUCUUCAAUCGGCGGCGGCGGAAUGAAUUCGCAUCUCGUCGCGGCCUUCGCCCAGCUCGAAACCCAGUCGACGCAUUUCAAUCCUCGUGGGUGCUCCCAACUCUGGGCCCAUCAGCCGCCACGGAAGCUCAUCCGCCUCAGCAACGACAGCGACCGCGACCGCGACCUACUCGGGCUAAGCGUCGACGACCUACGCCUGGCCAUGCAACCCCUCGAUAGUGCCAUCAACCAUUUCUUCCAGCGGUUAGGCACCGCUUCCGCAGAGGAAAUCAUGGCCCACUACUCAGACUUCAAGGCCGCCCAAACCCACCUGCUCGCAGACCUCGAGCUUGCCACACACUCCCUCGACAACUUUUGUGCCCUCAAACAUGCCAGCCUCUCUCCGAAACACAAGCGCGGCGCCGACCUGCUGCGACUGCAUCUGAUGACCUACUCCGUGGGGCUCCGGAUGUCUCUGGUAGCGCAGCUCCCGCCCGCCCAGGCUCAGGCAUUCUCAGCCGAUCACGCGGCCAUCCUAUCGUUGGCCCGCACAAUCGUCGCCCAGUUCCCCGACCGGCCCACGGUCAUGGUGGACUCGGGCGUGAUCCUGCCACUGCAGGUGGUCGCCGACUCCUGCCCGGACCUGCACGUGCGCUGGCAGGCCAUCCAGGAGCUCCGGGCCUGGCCGCACUAUGAGGGCCCGUACGAUUCCGUCCUCGCAAGCACCAUCUCCGGCGCCCGCUGCCGGCUCGAACUCCGAGCGCACAUCCGCGCGGAGCUGCGCGGUUCAUUUGAUACCGGUGGCACGGUGGUGGGGAAGGAGCUCUUUGACAGAAUGGUGGACGAAGAGCUGCGGGGGCGGUUGAGGGUACUUGCUGUUCCGGGGGGCGAUGAUGAAGGCUUCCCCCAGGCAAGCGAUCAAGCGGAUGCGGAGCUCGCGCAGAUCAUGGCGUUGGCGUCUCUCGAUAGCUGGACGUGUAUUCGUCACUUGAGGCGACUCAUGAAAUGA